CGCAGCGAAGCUCCACUCUUAAUCCAUCAUUUAAAUCAACCAUUAUUCUCGGGCGUUGUCAAAGCGAUUCCCCGACUUGCACCAGGAACUCGCGACAAUGCUUAUCCCCAAGGACGACCGCAAGAAGAUCCACGAGUACCUCUUCCGUGAGGGAGUGCUCGUGGCCAAGAAGGACUUCAACCUUCCCAAGCACGGUGACAUUGACACCAAGAAUCUCUAUGUCAUCAAGGCCCUCCAGUCCCUGGACUCCCGCGGCUUUGUCAAGACUCAGUUCUCGUGGCAGUACUACUACUACACCCUCACCCCCGAGGGUCUGGACUACCUCCGUGAGUGGCUCCACCUCCCCGCCGAGGUUGUCCCCGCCACCCACAUCAAGCAGCAGCGUUCCCACGCUCCCCCCCGCGGCAUGAUGGGCGGUGAGGAGCAGCGCGGUGAGCGCCGUGGUCCCCGUGCUCCCCGUGAGGGCGGUUACCGCCGUCGCGAGGAGGGUGGAAAGGAGGGCGGUGCCCCCGGCGAGUUCGCUCCCUCUUUCCGUGGUGGCUUCGGCCGUGGCCGUGGUGCCGCUCCCCAGGAGUAAAUGCUGAGAGGCAUUGGUGUCCUGUCAACCACUUCUCGGUCAAUCUAGAGUCUUGAUGGUGUAUUCGAAUUUGGCUGCCGGACUAGGGGUUUCUUGAAACGGGCCUUACCCUCGGUGCACCUCGUUC